AUGAUAGUGUCUAUUAUUUAAACAUUAUUAAAAUAUUGGCUGAAGUUUGAUGCAACUGGGGAGACCCAGGACCCCUACUACAGAGUAUUUUCCCCAUAGAUAGGAGUAAAAGAACUUCAGUUUCAUGCUAGGGUGCCAGAAUCUCAAGUGAUCCAAAAGGGAUAAGUGAGUUGCUUGCUAUAAGUGAAUGGUGAUCUUCCUUACCUGAUGUAACUUUUCCCUGCUCUUUCAGAUGAAUCCAACUUAUUUUCUUCUGUACUUUAUUUUUAUUACUUUAACUUCAGCUCUUUAUUUUGAUCUUGACUAUCCUACUUUUCAAGAUCUCAGUGAAUCUCUGCUUCAACAUGUGAGUAUCUUAAUUUUAGGAAUAAAUAUAGAUGUCUUUAUAUAAUCUUUGGACAAUGGAACAAGUCUAUACAAUGUUCUCACAGAAGUACAGAGACAUUCUCCUUAGACAAUAUCUACAAAUAAGUCAUCCACAAUUCCUUAAGCUUUCUAUUGAGUUUGCAUAAUAAACUAGCUCUAGCUGGUCUGUCACUUAAGUUUGUAUUCCUGAAACUGUGAAUGAAUCUUUUCAUCUACUGUGCUGGCAGUAGUGAGUUAAGAGUUUAAUUGUGUAUAUUCUUUGUUUAGGAAUGGACUGAUGCCCACAUUGUUUUCUAGUUAAUUUCCCUGGAAAGCAGAGAUUAGACAACAUAGUAGACAUUAUAUUGUAAACUCCAUGAGGUCAGAGAGGGUGUUUGUAUUUCCAGCACUUUACAGAGCGUGACAUAUAACAAGGAAUUGAUUAGCAUUUGUUGAAUUAACAAAUACAGUUGGCUUUAUUUUUGCAUCCUUUCACAGAGGUGUCUGUCACUAUUUCCACAUUCAUAAUCCCAUAGGAAAACAGAAGUUAUCAUUUUAUUUAUAAACCAUCCCGUAUUUAAUCUGUGGUUUGCUUUUGUGUGUGCAUUAAUCAAAAUAAGGGUGAUACGUUUUGUAGGAAUUUCAGCGAACUAGGUUUAAGUACAACACAGGGUGGCGCUGUAACCUAAGGUUGCGGAAAAACAGACCUGCGGAUGGUUACGGUGCCGGCAGUCAAACACACACUUAAGAGAAGAUAGUUCUUUACGGAAUUACCUUGCGGCAAGGGACUGACUCCUGGAGCGGACUGCCUAAAGACCAAAUAGGCACUCGGAUUCUAAAGACUUUUGGAGUUGGAGAAAUGGAAGCUGCAAAGGAGCGCUUUCCUAGACUAAGGCAAGUUCUUCUCUUUGUUUUGCUGUCUCACACUUGGGCGGAGCAGGAAGAUUACCGUGUCGCUGAAGAAACAGAGCGUGGCUCUUUUGUGGCCAAUCUAGCAAAGGACAUAGGGCUAGCGGUAAGAGAGCUGUCUUGGCGGAGGGCUCGGAUCAUUUUUACAAAUGACAAAAAAUAUUUUCAGCUGAACCUUCAGACGGGAGAUUUACAAGUAAAUGAGAAACUGGAUCGGGAGGAACUGUGUGGCCCCAUGGAGCGUUGUGUACUGCAAUUCCAAGUGUUACUGGAAGAACCUUUAGAGGUAUAUAGGUAUAAGCUUUUGGUCACUGACAUAAAUGACAAUUCCCCUGUGUUCCCAGAAGCAGAAAUGAUUUUGAAAAUCAUGGAAAAUACUCUUCCAGGGACUGCGUUUCCCCUGAAAAAUGCACAAGAUUUGGAUGUAGGUAUCAAUAAUAUCCAAAACUACACCCUUUAUCCCAACUCCCAUUUCCAUGUUCUUACCCACAAUAGCGGUGAAGACAGAAAAUACCCGGAACUGGUUCUGGAUAAAGUGCUAGAUCGAGAGGAGCAGCCCGAGCUUAGGUUAACUCUCCUGGCAGUAGAUGGUGGAGUUCCUCCUAAAACUGGGACUGCCUUGGUCCUCAUUGAUAUCUUGGACAUCAAUGACAAUGCCCCUGAGUUUGCGCAGCCACUCUAUCGUGUACAGAUCAUGGAAAACAGUCCUUUGGGAUCGGUUAUUGUCACUGUUUCAGCUAGAGAUUUAGACACAGGAACAAAUGGUGAAGUAUUCUAUUCAUUUUUUUAUGGCGAUGAAGAGAUUAGUAGGACAUUUGCACUUGAUGAACUCACAGGAGAAAUUAAAAUAAUUAGGACACUAGAUUUUGAAAAAAUUAUGUCAUAUGAGCUGGAUAUUAAGGCCUCUGAUGGGGCAGGUCUUUCUGGAAAAUGCACUGUCAUAAUAGAGGUGGUGGAUAUAAAUGACAACACCCCAGAACUGACAGUGGCUUCACUUAUAAGCUCCAUCCCAGAAAAUUCCCCUGAGACCACGAUAGCUCUUUUCAGUAUUCAAGAUCGAGAUUCUGGGGACAAUGGGAAGAUGGUUUGUUCCAUCCAAGAAGAUGUUCCGUUCACUCUUAAACCUUCCGUUGAGAAUUUCUACAAGCUAGUAACAGAAGGAGAGCUAGACAGAGAGAGCCAGGCCGAGUACAACAUCACCAUCACCGUCACCGACCUGGGGACCCCCAGGCUGAAAACUCAGCACAACCUCACGGUGACCGUGUCCGACGUCAACGACAACGCCCCGACCUUCAGCCAGACGACCUACACCCUGCGCGUCCGCGAGAACAACAGCCCCGCCCUGCACAUCGGCAGCGUGAGCGCCACCGACAGAGACUCGGGCGCCAACGCCCAGGUCACCUACUCGCUGCUGCCGCCCCACGACCCGCAGCUGCCGCUGGGCUCGCUGGUGUCCAUCAACGCGGACAACGGGCAGCUGUUCGCGCUCAGGUCGCUGGAUUUCGAGGCGCUGCAGGCGUUCGAGUUCCGCGUGGGCGCGGCCGACCGCGGCUCGCCGGCGCUCAGCAGCCAGGCGCUGGUGCGCGUGCUGGUGGCGGACGACAACGACAACGCGCCGUUCGUGCUGUACCCGCUGCAGAACGGCUCGGCGCCCUGCACCGAGCUGGUGCCGCGGGCGGCCGAGGCGGGCUACCUGGUGGCCAAGGUGGUGGCGGUGGACGGCGACUCGGGCCAGAACGCCUGGCUGUCGUACCAGCUGCUCAAGGCCACGGAGCCCGGGCUGUUCGGCGUGUGGGCGCACAACGGCGAGGUGCGCACUGCGCGGCCGCUGAGCGAGCGCGACGCCGUCAAGCACAGGCUGCUGGUGCUGGUCCGGGACCACGGCGAGCCGCCGCUGUCGGCCAGCGUCACGCUGCACGUGCUGCUGGUGGACGGCUUCUCGCAGCCCUACCUGCCGCUGCCGGACGCGGCGGCGGCCGAGGCCCGCGCCGACCCGCUCACCGUCUACCUGGUGGUGGCCUUGGCGUCCGUGUCGUCGCUCUUCCUGUUCUCGGUGCUGGUGUUCGUGGCGGUGCGGCUGUGCAGGAGGAGGCGGGCGGCGUCGGGGGGCGGCUGCUCGGUGCCCGAGGGUCCGUUUCCGGGCCACCUGGUGGACGUCAGCGGUGCGGGGACCCUGUCCAACAGCUACCAGUAUGAGGUGUGUCUGGGAGAAUCUGGGACCAGGGAAUUUAAGUUUUUGAAGUUUGUUGUCUCCACGCAACAGAGGUCUGUGAAGGAUAUGGAGGAAAAGAAAUUUGUGAAUAGUUUUGGAUUCAAUUAGGAAUUUCGUUAAGGA